CCAGCUUUGCACUUGGCGCUCCAGGCCUGGGUCACUUCACUUGAGUUAUCAGAGGCAACGCGUCUAGUUUGACAAACUGCCGGAGGCUCCUGAUAGAGAAGGGCGUGGGCGCCAAUCUAGGAGACAAAGCCUGACCCGCUGCGGUGAGCCAACCCAACCCCAUCCGCGAGUCUUCUUUACAGGCAUAUUUUCGGAGCCGAGGGCGCCUCUGCAAGAACCCUGCGGACAGCUUCCGACUCGCCGGAGAUUGCGCGACGAAUCUGCGCCUCGAACCCUCGCUUUCCAGCAGUCGCCCGAUUGCUGCUCCACAGGGAGCCAACGCGCCCGAGGACCAGCCCAGCCUGGGCUCUCUAGAUCAGUAGGCUGUUUAGGCUGCGAGCUCGUCCACGCAUCUCAGCCUACUCCCUCGUCCUCCCCGCCGGCGAAGAUGUCCGCCAAGCCUGAAGUCGGCUUAGUGCGCGAGGCUUCUCGGCAGAUCGUGGCCGGUGGUUCUGCAGGUCUUGUGGAAAUUUGCCUGAUGCACCCCCUAGAUGUGGUGAAAACCAGGUUUCAGAUUCAGAGAUGUGCAACCGAUCCAAACAGUUAUAAAAGCUUGGUAGACAGCUUUCGAAUGAUUUUCCAAAUGGAAGGGUUGUUUGGUUUUUACAAGGGAAUUCUGCCACCUAUUUUGGCUGAAACCCCAAAAAGAGCAGUGAAGUUUUUCACCUUUGAGCAGUACAAGAAAUUGCUGGGAUAUGUGUCAUUGUCACCAGCAUUGACAUUCGCUAUUGCUGGAUUGGGAUCUGGACUAACAGAAGCCAUUGUAGUUAACCCUUUUGAGGUAGUAAAAGUUGGCUUGCAAGCAAAUCGGAACACAUUUGCAGAGCAACCAUCCACUAUGGAUUAUGCAAGACAAAUCAUUAAGAAGGAAGGCUGGGGACUCCAGGGCCUCAACAAAGGAUUAACUGCAACUUUGGGACGACAUGGAGUUUUCAACAUGGUUUAUUUUGGCUUCUACCACAAUGUCAAAAACAUGAUUCCUGUCAAUAAGGAUCCAACCUUGGAGUUUUUGAGAAAAUUUGGGAUUGGUCUUCUCUCGGGGACAAUAGCCUCAGUCAUUAACAUCCCUUUUGAUGUUGCCAAAAGUAGGAUUCAAGGGCCUCAACCAGUUCCUGGAGAGAUCAAGUACAGAACCUGUUUUAAAACAAUGGCAACAGUCUAUCAGGAAGAAGGGAUUUUAGCUUUGUACAAAGGCCUGCUUCCCAAGAUUAUGAGACUUGGACCAGGUGGUGCAGUGAUGCUGCUGGUUUAUGAAUACACCUAUUCAUGGCUUCAGGAGAACUGGUGAUUGCCUAGGAAGUGUUUUUCCCCCUUGAGAUAAUGGAUAUUUGCUAUGCAGCACCAUGAAGAAGACAGACUAUCGAUCGGCCAGGUGUAUAAUUAUGAAGGAGAAAACUGUUCAAGAACAAAAUCUAUUUUAAUACUUUAAAAAAUAUCUAUAGGCAAGUUGAGAUUAUAGUUUUGACUGUAUAAAUAAAACUGUGAGAAGAAAAAAUAAUAUGAAACAAUGAGGUAUUUAAAGUGAAUAUAGAAAAAUAGCAUAGAAAUCAUAUAUUUCAUAAAAUAAAUAGAAACUUUGUCUCCUAUGUUCCUCUUCAAUGCUUCACAAUGAAAAUUCAUUGUAUUGAUCAGUAUUUUUCCUAAAAGGUCUAGAAAUGCUUAAACUAUUGAAAAUAAAUCAAAUUAUUCAAAGACUGGGUUAAAAAAAGUUAAGCCAAAAUUUAAGCAGUUUUUUUAAUGAUUUAAAUUAUUCCAUAAAUAAUAUUUAAAGAGCACAAGAAAAAAUUUUUUAAAUGCACUAAAAUGACCUUUUAAGAAUGUUUAAUUUUAUGAAUACUAUGUUAAAAUGUAAAUCUGUUGGUUUUCUUUAGGAACUAUGCACAUAUCAGCUCUAUUUUCCUAUAUCUACUUUAUAUCUCAUAUUGCUGUAAGAUAAUAAACAGGUAUUUCAAAACAUUGUUUAAAACAGAAUGUUAAAACACUGUUGUUUAAGCAUGUUUAAAUCAUGAUAUCCCAAAUCUCUUCUAACAAGUAGGAAACGUGAAAUAAAAUUUACUUUCCUCCACAUAGUUCUCUUUGAAGACAGGUUUUGUUGAUGAGAUAUUUUCAUGUUAAAUCACAAACUGGAAACAGCUUUGGACCCAUUUGUCAGCCAUCAGUAUUUGCAUCCAAAUACCUUUGUUCGGCAUGCCUACCUGUGCCAUUUUUA